UCCCCAAUUGUCUCCAAAUGACUUAUGAAAAAGCCGCUAUUUCAAUGUAGAGCGAAGAGAGGACCAGCCACCCUUUGCAUUUGGCUGUUAAGUUCAAGUUUAACCUAUUCUCGUCGGGCUUUGAGAAGGCCUGGGCAGAAGACUUUUAACAACGCGUGACCUUAAAAGCGGACGCGGAGGUCUGUGGGAAUUGUAGUCCCGAGUCCUUUUGUUUCACCGCGCGGCACCCUGGGAAGGGGCAUCUGGGCUGCUUCUGCGCGUGUGCAGCCGUAGCCCCGCCUCCUCACUCGUCCCCUGUGGACUCAAGGGAAGUGGUUUGGCAACCUAGGGGUCUACUCGGAAAAUAAGGGGUGCGCACCCGGGGUGAGGGUGCGGGGAGCCAGCUGGGAGGGUUGCAUUUGUGCCUAGAGAUAGGAGCGGAAAGUCUUUGGGACUCCCUCCCACCAAUGCCAGUGUAAGCGCCCGGUCGGGCCCUCAUUCUGGGGAAGGCCAGGCGGGGGGACCCCGGCCCUCGGGCCCCCGGGUGCAGGUCAGGCUGUCUGGUUAGGAGCAGGUGCUCGGUGCGGGUCUCAGUGUGUAGGGACCGUGUGCCCGGCCCCGCCUGCAGCCCGACGCGGGAAAAAAGCCCGGGUCGGCAGCGGGAGGGGCGGGGAGUGCAUUUAUAGCGCCGACGGUGACCAUGGAUCUGCGGUGAGGACCCGAGCUCUGGAGUCAGAAGGGCCCGGGUAAAUUCCAGCUCUGUCACCUUUAAGCAGGGGCGACAAAAAGAAUCUGGAGCUUCAGAGCAGAGGCAGAAGAGCCCGGAAAGGAGCAGAUCCUAGAUUUGAACGAUCAGAAGCAUUUCUUAAUCCCCCUGCCCAGAAUGAGCCAGUCUUGGUGAUGAUGCCACCUCCAGAAGUCACCAGCCUGUAUGACAGUCGGGGGUUCGGGCCAGCCUUGAGAAGAGCAAGCUGAACCACAGUUCUCUACUCUCCCAAGAGCAGAAAAUGAACAUACUUCAGGCAUCAGUGUCAUUCAGAGAUGUGACUGUGGAGUUCACUCAGGAGGAGUGGCGGCAGAUGGACCCUGCUCAGAGGACCCUGUACAGAGACGUGAUGCUGGAGAACUACAGCCACCUCGUCUCAGUGGGGUACUGCUUUACAAAACCAGAACUGAUCUUCAUGUUGGAACAAGGAGAAGAUCCAUGGUUGUUAGAGAAAGAAUUUGUAAGCGGAAGUUCCCCAGAAGAACCCCAACCUGAUAAGUUCUUAGAGGAGAGCCUGGAAAACCAAGGCAAACAUUUGAGGCAAGUUUUAUUCACCCACAAAUCAUUGACUACAAAGCAAGAAAUUCCAAGAAAACCAUAUAAUCUGGACAUAAACAUUCUUCCUGCAAAAACAGUGCCCUGUAAAUUUGACACUGCAGGAUCUAGUUACUUGCUUCUCAGCUCAUUGGCCCCACACUGUCAGUAUUCAAGAAAGAAGACUCAUGAGCUUAAUGUAUGUAAGAAAUGGCUCCUCAGUAUUAAGGAUAGUAGAACCAAUACUGGAGAGAAAUCUUUUGUUUAUAGGAGACGUAUGAACGCCUUUGGACAUAAAGACAAAGUAAUUCAGCAUCAAACAAUUCAGACUUUGCAGCAAGAUUUUGAAUGUAAUGAAUGUGGGAAAGAUUUUCCUGAGAAGACUACCCUUGUUACGUCUCAGAGUACCCACCCAAAAGUGAAGUCUUGUAAAUUCAUGAAAUUUGGAGAAAACCAAUGUGAUAAGUCAGCCUUGAUAGUCUCCCAGAACAGUCAUCCAGCAGAGAAGAGUCAGUAUGAGAUUGAUAAAUAUGAAUGUACUAAAAACAACAGUAAUUUCAGUCGGAUGACUCAAAGAACUGACACAGAAGGGAACUCUUCCAGCCAAAAAUUACACUUUAGAGAACAGCAAAAAACUCAUACAGGAAUGAAAACCUUUGAAUAUGGAAGGGAUUUUGGCCAUAAUUCAGCCCUCCCAGUGCAUCAGAGGAUUCACACACUAGAGCAGUCCUCUGAUAAUGGCACAUGUACAGAGACAUUGGAUUACCAGUCAGCUUUCAGUGUACAUCAGCGAUCUCAAAUUACAGUGAAACCCUAUGAGUGUAACAAGUGUGGAAAAUCCUGCAGUAUGACUUCAUGCCUGAUUCAGCCUCAGAGGAGUCACACAGAGAAGAAACCCUAUGAAUGUCAUGAAUGUGGGAAAGCUUUCAGUGAGAAGUCACGCCUAAGAAAACAUCAGAGAACUCACACAGGAGAGAAACCCUAUAAAUGUGAUGGGUGUGAGAAAGCUUUCAGUGCAAAGUCAGGCCUAAGAAUACAUCAGAGAACUCACACAGGAGAGAAACCCUUUGAAUGUAAUGACUGUGGGAAAUCUUUCAACUAUAAAUCAAUUCUCAUAGUGCAUCAGAGAACUCAUACAGGGGAGAAACCCUUUGAAUGUAACGAAUGUGGGAAAUCUUUCAGCCAUAUGUCAGGCCUGAGGAAUCAUCGGAGAACUCACACAGGAGAAAGGCCGUAUACGUGUGAUGAAUGUGGGAAAGCUUUCAAACUGAAGUCAGGUCUAAGAAAACAUCACAGGACUCACACAGGGGAAAAGCCCUAUAAAUGCAACCAAUGUGGGAAAGCUUUCGGUCAGAAGUCACAACUCAGAGGACAUCAUAGAAUUCACACAGGGGAGAAACCCUACCAGUGUAAUCAUUGUGGGGAAGCUUUUAGCCAGAAGUCAAACCUCAGAGUACAUCACAGAACUCACACUGGGGAGAAGCCCUAUAAAUGUGAAGAGUGUGGCAAAACUUUCAGGCAGAAAUCAAAUCUCAGAGGACAUCAGAGAACCCACACUGGGGAGAAACCCUAUGAAUGUAACGAAUGUGGCAAAGCUUUCAGUGAGAAGUCGGUCCUAAGAAAACACGAGAGAACUCACACAGGAGAGAAACCCUAUAAUUGUAAUCACUGUGGAGAAGCUUUCAGCCAGAAAUCAAAUCUCAGAGUACAUCAGAGAACUCACACUGGGGAGAAACCCUAUAAAUGUGAUAAAUGUGGGAAAACUUUUAGCCAGAAAUCUAGCCUUAGAGAACAUCAGAAAGCCCGCACGGGGAAUUAAACGUAUAAGUGUAAUGAAUGUAGAAAAUCUCUGAGCUGGAAAUCAAGUCUCACAAUACAAAAUGAAGCUAUCGGAGAACACCCCUAUGAUACAAUGAACACUUGGAAGCUUCUCUGCAAGAUACUGGCUUUCACUAAACAUCAGAGAAUGCACACAGGAGAGAAAUUCUUGGCCUAUAUUUUAUAUGGACAGUCUCAUCCUGAGUGUGGUCCUCACUGUAGAUCAGAGAACUCACGCAGCAAAGAAGCUCUACAAAGAUAAUCAGUACUAGAAAUACUCUGUGCCCUCAAUCCUCAGAAAACUCACUGCGGAACAACUCUGGGAAUGUAAUGAAAAUGUGAAAACUUUGUGCCAGCCAUCACAAUUCAUUCAUCAUCAGAGAAAUUAAACAGUCAGAAAACUGAGAAUUUAAUGAAUGUAUGACAACCUUUAGCCAAAAGCCAGCUUUCUCAGUAAAGCAGAAAAUACAUAAAGAGUGGAGACCUCGUAUUCAGAACAGACAAGAAAUCAAGGUAAUGGAUGUGGGGAGUCCUUCUACUGUAAGUCAACCCUCAAUUUGACUUACACAAGGGUAACAACUAUAUGACAUAUAAUGACUAUUAAUUGUUCACCAAUAACCAUUUCCUCUUCUCCCUCAUGCCACACCUAGUCUGAAUUUCUCAACUGCUCUGUCAUCCAAAUGAGAUCAUAUUAUUAACCUCUGGAUAGUGAAAUAUAGGGGGUUCAAUGACAGGUCUUAUUUAAUACAUUUCUCAAAUUCUUAAUGUUUUCUCCUGUCCCUUGUCAGAAUGGAGUGGCGGUUGCCCCCAGCAAAUCCAUGGGGCUCUUGCACGGAAGAUGAGAGGGUACAAGAUAGAAGGAAACAGGGCCAAAGAGCGACUGUUGAAUGGAAUCUUCUCCUGAUGUUCACAGACUCUUUGCCAUGAUGAAUAAAUUUGUACUCUACUGAA